CAAAAAACCAACUGGGGAUGGAUGCACUUUAGUGCAAAAACCCUAGAUGCCUGUUAGAAUCCCAAAAAGCAUCCCUUCCCACUUAGUAAGAUUUGAGGUAAUUUUUCCAUUUACAGUGUUUUUAUAUAUAUUAUCUUAAUCUUCACAUGAGGGUUACAAUGUAUCUAUUAUUUUCCUCAAGUGAAGCCUACAGUUAAUUUUGGGCCCACACCAUGGCCAACAGGAGCUGGUUCUGACCCCAGCCUCUCUCCAAUACUCAGGCCAGCCUCUUAAGAGAGCUAGCUGCACAGGGAAAGGAAACAGGCAGUUAUGGCUGUGAAAUCCCCAAAAUCUUUUUGUCCUUCAUCCUGAGUUAACUGCCCUCUAGGGCAAAGGACACAGAGAAGGGGGCCUUAAAGAGGUUAAUUAUUAACCCUUUGUGCCUUAGGGGACCGCAAAUUUCUUUCCCAUCGUGGAGGCGAAGGCACACUGACAGUCUCUAGACUGGUGGUCCAACAGCAGCAGCCAUGGGGACUGCGCUGCCGCCGCCGGCUCUGCGGCGCUGGUUCCGACACACAAUUGCUGUGGCUAUCUUCCUGCUGAUGGUUUAUCUGAGUGCUCGGAUCCUCCGUGUCCUGUCAGGCUGCAGACCCGGGACACAGUCCUGUGUUUCAGAAGGACCGCUGCCCUUACAGGUCUAUCCCCAGGACCAGCACAAGUCGGGACACCUGGUGGCCCCAGGGUGGGAAGAGCCACAGUGUCUGGGACCUCAGGGAAUGCUGGGCCGCAUGACAAGGUCCUUCCGGGCCAGUCUGAAGCCUGAAGGAGAUGUGGAGUUGUCGCAGUACCUGGCAGGAUGGAGGGAACUAGUCAGGUUCCUAACUCCCCUGGGCUCCAUCGUCACUUUCGCUGCGAACGAGGCCUUCGUCAAGGUGACAGCCCUCGAGACUCUCGUGCAGGGCCCCGAUGCGACGCACUACUGGUCACUGGCUACCAUGGCCUCUUGGGAGCGGAGCGCGGGGCUUCUGGGGCCACCCGGCACCGCCCCCCAGGCCUCCGGCUGCCGGACGCUGCUCCUGCUGCACCGCGCGCUGCGCUGGUCCCAGCUCUGCCUCCACCGGGUGGCGACAGGGACGCUCCGAGGCCCGGACGACGCGGGCGUGCAGUGUGGCGACGCCUAUCGCACCGCCCUGGCCCCGCACCACCCCUGGCUCGUCCGUCAGGCUGCCCGCCUCGCCUUCCUCGCCCUCCCGAGCCGCGACCGCUUGCUCGAGCUGGCGUGUCCUGCAGCCGGAGAGGCGGACGCGCGGGCUGCGCUAGCCGGGGCUGCCGGCAUCUUGGAGCAGGUCUACAACCGCACCCAGGUCCUGCUGGCUGGGAAUGGCCUGCUGCAUUUGGCCUGAGGACCGCGGCGGCGGGAAAAGCGCGCUGCGGGCAGGGGGAUCCGCGCUGCCGGGGAGAGCGCCGCAGGAACCCGCGCGCGUCGCCGGGGGGCGGGGCGUCCGGAGAGUCCAGCCCCCGGUGACGUCAACGUCGCAAAGCCCGGUCCCGGAGGAGGUGGUUUGGCCUAGGCGUUCAGACGUCAGUCUCUGGAAGACGCAAGGAGCUGAGAGCAAUAAAGUGGUUUUUGAAAAGUAGGCGUUUUCUGUGAUGACUGCAGGCGCUUACAGGGGGAAAUAUAUGGAAAGAUGUGUCAUCUCUGUUCCCAGUGGCCAGGAUGCACUUUCCCGUAAGGGUCUAUUUCAACAACUGUAGUGAAUUCCAUUGCCAACGCCUGGUCUCUAGCCUAGACCUGUCCUGCGAGCUUCACUUGCCGCACCGACAGCGGACAGAGCUUUCCUGGCCUCUCGCACAGACCCUGCAACGACAGCGUGUCCAACAAGGAUCCCAAUAACUUCGUCCCAGAAGCGCAUUUCUUCCCGUGUUCGCCGUUUCCAUAAAUAACACCUCUGCCUUCCACUCUACCAAAGCCUCAAGCCUGUGCCCCGCGCCUCACACCAAGCAGGUGCUCAGCCACAAACAUAUAUUUUUCCUGGGCUAGUCCCGCAAGAGUAAGCAUGAAGGAGUUUGACCGUUUUGAGCUCCCAAAUUAUACCUCAAGCCAUUUCCUUCUGGACUCCAGGAUCCUAUAUGUACAUACCUACCUAUUCUGCAAUUCCACUUAGAUGUCGACAAGGCAUAGAAAAUUGGCG